UUCUGAUAUAGGGCACCUUACCUGUACAUUCAUGCCCCAUACUUGAGAUCUGGAAAUACCCCUCCCUUUCCUUUUCUAAAUGUGAAACCUUUUUUUGAUUUGUUUGAAUGUCAGUUGCUCCUCUGCGUGUAUCCAGGCCAACGAUAGCUCCUGUGUUUCAUACCGAGAGUCAACUGAACCAACGAGUUUACCUCAAACAAUAUCCUUCACUGUUAGUGUCAGAAAUGGCUGGGGUCGGCCAGUGUCUAAAAUCAAGCUUAAUCUUCAUCAUCGUUCUUUCACUACUGAGAGGUGUUUUACUAGUUAUAGUUUGUCUGUAUCUCUUAUCUGGGUUCUCGUUCGAGCCAUUAUGGCCUAUGGGGCUUCAAGGAGGAUUAACAAUCGCAAUUUCAUCUCUUGGAAUCUACGGUGCAAGCAAAGAGAAAAGAUCUGCCCUAACCUUGUUUUCUUCUCUUAUCGGCUUACACAUGAUCUGCGUGAUUGUGGCUUUCUUCCUGCUGUUUGGUGCAAGCUGGAUAUAUAUGCUUGGAUUUUUCAUCCCUGAGCUCAUGAAGAUCACCAUGGCUAUUUCCAUGGCCUGUCAGAUAAAGAAGCCCCGGCGUGUGAUUUCAGUGCCAUUUGAGGAACACUAUCGAUUUCCAGCUGAAGAGUUGUCCAACCAAACACCAGUGAUGCUGGGUCCUUUGGCAGAUACUGAUGGUGAAUCAACCUACACAGUGCGUGCGAUCCUCAACUCCAGACGACGGGCCGGAUGUUUACAGUAUCUGGUGGACUGGGAGGGAUAUGGCCCUGAGGAGCGAUGCUGGGUCCCCCACUCUGACAUCAUCGACUUUGGCUGUCAGAGUCUGUUGUUGGAGUUCCAUCGCAACUACCCAAAUCGGCCAGCGCCUCGUCCUCAGGGUCACCCUCCUGGUUGCACCCCUUGUUGGAGUCGCACCACGGCUGGAGCCGUGCCUCCAGUUGAAGAGUUGUCAUUUGAGGAGUACUCUAUUUCCAGCUGAUUGUUGUUCAACCAAACGUACAGUAUAUCUAAGUGUUUGGAUGAAGUUUGAUUCAAUACACUCCAUAUUUACAACAGAAAAAGGCAAACAGACAAGGCAAAUUAAUAAUUAAUGAUAAUAAUCUGAGCAAAAACAAUAGGGCCUUGCACCUACGAUGCAGCCACUGCUUCAGCGGCCGCACCUCGGUGCUCGGGCCCUAAAAAGAGUGUUGACUAUGCAAAUAACUCCGCUGCACAAAUUGUGAUGCACAAUAACUUGUUUAAGUUAACUAGCACUGAACAUGAGGAAAUUCAUGAACUCAUGAUGACCUGAAUUCAUGAUGUUUUUUUUAUAUACAGUAUAUGUUAUCUUAUUAAUGUUGUGUUCAUCAUUCUAAAGAGGCUUACUGUAGCAACUUCAGUGACAUCAUUGCCUCACUUGUCAGUCCCAAUGACUCCAUCACCCAGCAUCGCCUACCUACUGAUCACAGCCUGGUCUCUCAUGAUGAACUUCACCUGUUAUGGUCCAAGUGACCGUAAGUCUUGUAUUUUGUAUUUUCUGAAUUUUGCUAUUAAACUUGUUUUGAUAUUUUG